AUGCCAACGUCGGAUUCCAUCUCAUGUGACACACUCGACGACUUGCACCGCGAUGCACUCUUUCACGCCAUCAGCAACGUCCUUGCAACUGAUCUCGCCCUGACAACUUACGCCCAGAUUAUCGAUGGCCUGCCGGUUACUAAUGUUGCCUGGGACCAGUACUCAUCAAAAAUCCACCGGAGGCAUCCGGUCAAUGAUCAUGUUGGUUUAUGCCCAGGCGCUUUGGAUAGAACCAAAGAAUUUCGGGUGGACUUUGAUAUCAAAAGCCUCAGAUUCAACCCAGCUCUACUGAGGGCGUUUGAGUCAGCUCCCUCGCCUUCCACACGGGCCUUUGGUCUCCGGCUUAUAGAGUUGACCGCCAGCGCACUCCAUCAGAUUGCGGUGCUAUUAUUGCAACUAGAUCUCUGCAUGCAUGAUCGCAGCACGACACGAGGUUUGGACAUCCAGUUCGUCACGCUCUGGGAACCGGGCCAGAAUCCCUUUGCCCGUGUCGUACCAGAUCCCACACUGUUUGCACACCCGCAUUUCAUGGCCCAAGAGCAAUACCCAGACGGUCUGGCCGACGUUGUGGGAUACUGGGCUGAGAAUCGUAUCCUGGGAGGCGUGGUUCUAUUUGACCGGUCGCAAGACUGGGAGCACGACAAGGAACCAAACGAUGCACUACUGGGCUUUCUGCAAAAUCCGGACGGCAAAACUACGACCUGCCCGCUCCCAAUCUUGCCGACUUCAAACAACCGGGAACGGAUUGAUCCAUGGGACGCAAUUCCUGUCCACAAAGUAUACCGGGACCCCUGGGAAAGAGAACCACCGCGGAAGCGCCUGCGUAUGCAGGAAUUCAUGGGUCGAGACGUUAUUAGCUCCCUGGACUUCCCAGAAUAUGAUGUAGAUGAGGAACUCAAAAGUCUGAGGGAGAGAUUCCCGCCGUAA